GUGCAGAUGGACUCGGGGGCGGGGCCUGUUCGGGUGCUGGUGACGGGGGGGACGGGGCUGGUGGGGCGGGCGAUCGAGCGCGUGGUGAGAGAGGAGGGCGGGGCCAGGGAGGGAGAGCACUGGACCUUCCUCUCCUCGCGGGACGCGGACCUCACGAACGCCGCAGAGACGCGGGCCGUGUUCGAGAAGCUCCGCCCCACACACGUCAUCCACCUGGCCGCCAUGGUGGGCGGGCUGUUCCGGAACAUGCGCCAGAACCUGGAAUUCUGGAGGAACAAUGUCCACAUCAAUGACAACGUGCUGCAGACGGCGCACGAGACGGGCGUGGUCAAGGUGGUGUCCUGCCUCUCCACCUGCAUCUUCCCCGACAAAACCUCCUACCCAAUCGACGAGAGCAUGAUCCACAACGGCCCGCCACACGACUCCAACUUCGGCUACUCGUACGCCAAGAGGAUGAUCGACGUGCAGAACAGGGGGUAUUUUCAGCAGUAUGGUCAUCGCUUCACGGCUGUAAUUCCCACCAAUGUGUUCGGUCCCCAUGACAACUUCAACAUCGCAGACGGGCACGUGCUUCCUGGACUCAUACACAAGGCCUACAUUGCACAAAAGGCAGGGGCCCCUCUGCAGGUCUGGGGGUCUGGCACCCCAAGAAGGCAGUUCAUCUACUCCCUGGACCUGGCCCGUCUGUUCCUCUGGGUGCUGAGAGAGUACGACGAGAUCGAGCCAAUCAUACUGUCAGUGGGGGAGGAGGAUGAGGUGUCCAUAAAGGAAGCUGCAGAGUGUGUCGUAGAAUCUCUUGGUUUCAAAGGCCAGGUUGUUUUUGACACCAGUAAAGCGGACGGCCAGUUUAAGAAGACGGCCAGCAACGCCAAGCUACGGCGCUACCUCCCCGAAUUCACCUUCACACCGUUCUCACAAGCCGUGAGGGAGACCUGCGAUUGGUUUGUGGCCAACUAUGACGCGGCCCGCAAGUGACGGCCCCGUCUCCUGAUUGGCCGGCUCCGGUGGGGAGGAGGAGGACCGAGGCGGGACGCUCUCCAGGACCACAGAAGAAGAGCGGCCUGAGGAAUGUGGCAAGCAGGAAGUGAGGGGUGAAGAAACGGUCAAUAGAAAAGAUUUUUCCUGACCAGGAACCUCACGCUCUGGGCUUAGAGGGAUUCACAUAUCUGCAGGUGUUAAUCAACAGGUAGUAUGGGCCUUGGGAACAAGAUUAUAUAUAUAUAAAAUAAAAUAAAAUAAAAUAAAAACUUAAAUGAAGAGCUUUAGUGCUGAAAUGCCACUGAACACCAGCAGCCCCCCUGCGAUGGUGGCUCCAUGUUGGCUCCGGUCCAGCCCCCCCCCCCCCUCGUUGACUCUAAACUGACAAUCUUCACACUGUGCACAUUAUGAAUGUUGUUAACAUUUCAGGGAUAACGGGUGUGGUGUAGUGUCUUUUUAUUAUUUGUUCUUUGAAUAAUAAAAUAAAAAAAUUGGAUGUGCUGAUUCGUAGUAUUGAAAUGUAGAAUAAACAUUAUAGUUAAUGA